UUCUUCUUCCUUCGCCACAAAGCUUCUUCGCGCGGCCAGAGCACAGCGUGAGCCUUAUUACAGGCUUCAGAGAAAUCAAUUCAUCGGUACAGUAUAACCAUCAUGUGGGUCGAAAUUCUCUGUGGGAUUGUUGUAUACAAGAUUUUCCGGCGAUUCUUGCUUGGCGAGGUUGAAGUCCCCGACUUUGACGCCGGCAGCUCCAACCUCUACUUCGCCGUCGCCAGCAGGCUUGAGAAGAUUUAUGGUGGUAAAGCGUAUGUCGGACUUAGGAUUCCCGAUCCGGAGACCAGUUCUAGGCAGCACAUCGACGUUGUUCUGGUUACGAAGAGGGAAGUGAUGGUGGUUGCUGUUAGGAACUUCUCGGGUUUUGUGUUGGUCGGAGAUGGUGGAGACUGGGUUUGCACUAAAGACAAGAAACAUAAGCCCGAAACUUUUCCUGAUCCGGUUUUAGAAACUGCAAGGCAAGUUGAAGUUCUUCAGUCUUAUUUGGAGCUACGGGGAGUAUCUUUACCCAAAGGGUGUUUGAGUGCCAAAGUUAUUCUCCCAAAUCCAGAGUGCAGGCCAGCUUAUUCUAUUGCUUUUCAGCCGGAGGUUGUUUCUUUUGACAAAUGGGUGGGACUAAAAUCAGAUGUAAAACCUGGGAUUUUUUCUUGGAUCAAAGAUGUUUUCCCUGGGAGCAAAUGUGAAGCACAGGAUGACUGUUUCCAAAAGCUUCACUUUAUUUUAAACACAGCUCCAAAGUGGGACAGGUUAGAGUUCAUUGGUGAUAAAAGCCUUCUCGGCGAGUUCAUUGAAUUCAUAGGAAAGCCAGAGGAUCUGCAAGCUUUGAGACAUGUGAACAGAUCAGAAGUUGGUCAGUUCAUUGUUCAAAAGCCAAGCUUGUUCGGCUUAGUGGAUUUCUGGACAUAUGAUUCGAGUGUCACACCUCAAUAUUCACCAAGCGGGACUUGUCUGGAUCGAUAUUGGACUAUCACAGUAGAUGAUUGUCUUAACAAGCUCUCUGUUUGCCCCAAUCACAGUAGAUCAAGACUGAAUAUCAUUUAUUCUCCUCGGGAUUUUCGAGGCGAUGCAGCUUCACCUCUGGAAUGGAAUGAUAUUGCUGUGAAGCCUUACACUGAGAUCCUCUUUCAGCCUCUUAAUUCCAAGAAACCUCGCAAGUUUAAGCUGUCAAACAUUGCCUCAGUUUCCCUCAGUGCAUAAUAUGAAUCUCCGCAUUGCUUAUGGAGGUAGGCUUUGUAGAAUCUUGUAUAUGAAUUCCUUAAGUUGCACUGUGCCCGUGCUUUAAAUGUGAAAAUUCAUCGAGUUGCUUUCAUGAAAAAUAUUAGGAAACUUUACAUGCAUACCACAAUUUAUAUCUAUUUGACAUAUCUAACCCUCAGUUUGAUAUUGACGCUUAA